CUACUAACUCACCCCUUUCGAUUAGCAUAUGAUCCUACGAAGGUCUAGGACUAGAACUAGGACUAGGAUCUCUCAUUGCUCACCCCGACUCCCCUUGUCCUGUACACGAUGGUCUAACCCUCGAAGACCGACGCAGCCCGCAGGCAGUCUAGGCACGCAGCACGCAGGCAGUCUAGGCACGCAGCACGCAGGCAGUCUAGGCACGCAGCGACGAACUCCGUCCUCCCGACCGGCGCUCGACCCUGACCCUUCUCAGUGGACUGUGGACCAGACCUGGCUACCUGCGAUUCUGAUUCCUGCCGACCUGCGAUUUCCAUUCUUUCCAGAAUCGCAUCCCCUUCCUUCCCUUUCAACCCUACCCUUCGCCUUGCCGACUGCCAUUCCUCCGUUCUUGGACUCCUGGCAUGGAAGUUGCACACUGCUAUCUUGAUGGCAAUGCAGAUGCUGUAGAGUUCUGCCCACAAGAGUCUUUUCAACAUGUCUUAGCAGCCUCCACGUACACACUGCAAGAGGGAGAUCAUCCGAGUCGUUCUGGUAGUAUAAGCCUCUUUGAUGUCAAUGUUGAAGAGGGUCGUCUCGAUUUGAUGUUCAGAGCGGAAAGAACAGGUAUUUUUGACAUAAGAUGGAGUCCUGAUGGUGGAAAUUCGAGCCCUUUGCUUGCCCAAGCUGAUGCUGAUGGUUUUGUCCGAGUGCACCGGCUUGAAUGUUCUUCUGGUGGAUCAGAGGUCCAAGGGAAUUAUUUGGAAGAGAUCGCUCAUGAUCAUGUUAGUUCUUCCAUGUGCCUAAGUGUAGAUUGGAACCCUUUAGGGACAUCCAUCACUGUCGGCCUAUCAGACGGUUCAAUCUCAAUACUUUCACUCCACGAGUCUCAACUAAAAACCCAAGAAUGGACAGCACACGAUUUUGAGGUUUGGACUACCUCCUUUGACAUUCAUCAACCACAACUUGUGUACUCUGGCUCAGAUGACUGCAAAUUCUGUUGCUGGGAUUUGCGUCACGAUACAUCUAAGUCUCCAAUUUUCAAGAACAUAAAAACCCACACAAUGGGCAUCUGUUGCAUCACAAAGAACCCAAAUGAUCCCAAUGCCUUGCUCACAGGUAGCUACGAUGAACAUCUCAGGAUAUGGGAUGUGAGAUCAAUGUCGAGGCCUAUAUGUCAGCGAUCAAUAUCUUUGGGCGGUGGAGUGUGGAGAAUCAAGUUUCAUCCCACUACACCUGACUUAGUUUUAAUAGCAUGUAUGCACAAUGGGUUUAGUGUUGUUGAUGUAAAAGGUGAUGAACCUAAAGUAAUUGAAACAUACAAAGAACAUGCUUCACUUGCGUACGGAGCAGAUUGGCAAAAGGGAUCUUUAUGCAUAGAAGGGGAAAAGACGAAUGCAGUAGUGGCCACAUGCUCAUUCUAUGACCGGCUCCUUCGUGUAUGGAAGCCAAAGGCUGAAGCUUUUUUAAUGUUGAACCCUCAAAAUCAAACAUGUUCAAUAUAGGCACUCCUUUUCAGCUUUUACUCGGACCAAGAUUGUGUUUCUCAUUGUUAUAAAAGAAUUUCAAGUGUAAGUGUCAUAAUGUCUUGUUGUUUAUUGAAAUUUUUAUAUAUCUUUUUUGGGUGCUUUUAUUGAAAAUUUUCCUUGCUAUUAUGGCAGUCAGUUUAAUGUUGAACCCUCAAAAUCAAACAUGUUCAAUAUAGGCACUCCUUUUCAGCUUUUACUCGGACCACGAUUGUGUUUCUCAUUGUUAUAAAAGAAUUUCAAGUGUAAGUGUCAUUGUUU